AUGGCGGUGGCUUCCUUUACUCCAUCGAAAUCCUUAUGUCGUUCGCAUUCCCCGUCUUCUUCGAGGUCCUCACCGCCGUCGAUAUCGUCUUCCAUCGGAUUCUCGGAUGGCCGUCGUGGCUCCUGGGCGCGGAUCGUCUCCGGGGGCUUGGAUUUGGCAGGAAGGAGUCAUGCGCCAGCGGAGAUGCUUGUCGGUAGCACUUCCAAGGAGGCAUCGUCGGGGAUAGAUGGAUGGAGGAGGAGGAGGAGGAGGAGAGGUGGUGUUGGGGCGAUCAUGUGCAGCGCCGACGGGAUCGGGAGUGGGUUGGAGAUUGAGCAGCAGCAGGGCCUGGCGGCGGUGGUGAUCCCGGAGAGGGCGAAGGUGUUGGCGCUGGUGGCGCUGGUCAUGUGCCUCUGCAACGCGGAUCGGGUGGUGAUGUCGGUCGCGGUGGUCCCGCUCGCCUCCCAGUACGGAUGGAGCAGCUCCUUCAUGGGAAUCGUGCAGUCGUCGUUCUUGUGGGGUUAUCCGAUCUCUAACAUCGCCGGAGGAGCACUUGCGGACAGAUACGGGAGCAAGCGAGUGAUGGCGUGGGGCGUUGUGUUUUGGUCCAUCGCCACCUUCCUCACUCCGUGGGCCGCCAGACACUCCACCGCCAUGCUCUUGGCGAUUCGCGCUCUUUUCGGCCUCGCAGAAGGCGUCGCCAUUCCAUCCAUGAGCACACACUUGUUCCGAUGGUUCCCGUGCAACGAGCGAGCCAGCGCCGUCGGCAUUGCCAUGGCUGGUUUUCAUCUUGGAAACGUGAUGAGCCUUCUUGUGUCGCCGAUUAUAUUGUCAAGCGUUGGGAUCAAUGGCACUUUCGCCUUCUUCGCAUCCCUUGGUUUUGUCUGGCUAUCAGCGUGGACUGGGAGAAUUCCAAACGAUCCUCGCGAUAGCCCUGACAUCAGCCACUCUGAGCUGCAGUUGAUUCGAGCUGGGAAGAUCGAUUCGAAGACGGAGAGUAGCCAACUUCCGCCCCUACGCCACUUGUUCUCAAAGCUACCCGCUUUGGCUGUCGUCCUUGCCAACGUCGCCAACAAUUGGGGCUACUUUGUGCUUCUAUCAUGGAUGCCGGUGUAUUUUAAGACUGUUUACAAUGUGAAUCUGAAACAAGCGGCAUGGUUCAGCGCUGUUCCCUUUGGAGUGAUGGCCUUAUCUGGUUACCUUGCAGGAGCUUCUUCAGACCUCAUGAUCAAAUCUGGUUCCAGUAUAAUACAUGUUCGAAAGCUCAUGCAGACAAUCGGUUUUAUUGGGCCAGCGGUGUCAUUGUUGUUGUUGAGAUAUGCCCAAACACCAACAUCAGCUGCAGUUCUCAUGACCAUGGCUCUGAGCUUUAGCGCUUUCAGCCAAGCUGGUUAUUUUCUAAACAUACAGGACAUUGCUCCAAAACACGCAGGAUUUCUUCUCGGAAUCACAAAUUCUGUUGGCACACUGGCAGCUAUAAUCAGCACUGUAGGGGCAGGCUUGUUCGUGCAGUGGAUGGGAUCAUUCCAGGCCUUCCUCACACUCACUGCAGCCAUCUACUUUGUCAUUGCAAUUUUCUACAACCUACAUGCAACCGCAGAGCAAGUUUUCUUCUAAUUCUUUAAUUCUUCCUCUAGUGUUGGAACUGUUGUAGUCAUCUUCAUAAGCACAAUAACAGUAGGUAAAUGUAAGUAGAACCAACAAAUAUGGUUGUAAAAUGAAGUUGUCCACUUGGGACAUUCCUCGCG